CAGCAUAUUUGGCUCGUUCAAUUUAUAAUUAACACAAAAGUAUUUUAUUUAACAAAAGCGGAGUAUUAUUCACCCGAAAAAUGUUCUGUCAACUCAUUGAUUUCUAGGUGCCGAUAUUAAAACAAUAGAAGACAUUCGAACCUUUGUUAGAUAAGCGGUUGUCUACUUAUCAAAUUGGAACUGCAAUCCACGAUAGCCUCUUGGAAUCGUGAAAUAGUUACAAAGCAAACUUGCUGUAUUUAAGUAAUUAACAGUUACGGGAAUCGCAACGAGUGUACAGUAUCACCUGUUGAUGAGAUGAUGAGAGUGAGAGCGAAGCAAGUGGGAAUCAACAAAAAUAAAUAAAUAAUACAGCAAUAUUUUUUUUAAUAAAAGCGAACACUUUGCACUCGGCAAAUUAAAGGUUGAUUGAAAGCUUUCUUCAUUUGUUGGCACACAUGCUCAGACUUGGAAGUUUGUCUCUAUAUGCUUCGUUGUUGUGUGGGUGAGCUGAUUUUUUCUCUGACUGCAAUUUUCAAGUGCAAGCCAACAAAAUGUGAUGCGGCAUUUUCGUGGCGUCUGAUAAGUGCUUACUUUUUCGCGCAGUCCGUAACCAGCGGCGAAUACGCGUAUCUUAUCACUAUUAACUGACAAAGAGUCAGAGCAGCAGAGAACGCAGCCGAGCAGCAAAAAUCCACCUUAGGUGAACAUGACAGCUUACCGUUGCUUUUAAUAAAAACGAUACACGUACAGCUGCAAAGCCACAUACACGCGCACAUGCAACAAGCGUAGGUUUCGUAAUUUAUAUAAGAUGAAGAUCUAGAAAAUCCUUCACUGUUAAAAACAGCCAGCCAAGAUAAGUUUAUUUUUUUUCGGCAAGAUUUGAAUAUGCGCAAAGUUAUAAUGUAAGAGCGCCUGCUCGGAAAUUGUUCUAACGUAAUGUCAACAAACGAACUGGCACUUGUAAACAGAGAGCAGAGGUUGCCCUUCAGCAGCUGCUUACACAAUAUCACAACAAAAACAACAGCAAUAAAGCAGCGCUCAGCCAUCACGGGGCUGCGUGCGGUCUGCUCCACUUGAUUACAGGUGCAGCCGAGCGCUGACGAAGGCUGCUGGUGUAUAUGGGCCAACAGGUGCUCGGCGCGCUAGCGCUCGGUGCUCAGUCAGUCGUAGCUCAGCAAUCGCAGCGUUUGAAAGUAUCAUAAGUGACGGUAUCGGGCUUGCCGGCGAUACCUUCUAGACCGUAAAUUCUCACGAGACGUACUCUUAGCUAAACUCAGUAAUCAAAAUUCAUUGUCGUUGGCAGCUUCGUGCAGCGUCGACUAUUCGGCCAGCUUCAACUUGGUUAGUCACUGCACUGGCGCGGAUAUCUUGCUGAUAGUGGUGGCUUGAGUUACGGAUUAUUUGUAUUCGUUUUUCUGGCGCUUCUCGCAUUUUAGCCGCAAUUAGCGUUUUUUUUUUUUGUUUUUUUUUUUUGCGUACUGGUACUGAAACUGUGCGAUUAUCAUUAAACAGAAAAUGUUAAUAUUUGCCACACACAAAGAAAUCGUAUGGAAUGCUUGUGCGCGUGUGUGCGUUUCAACGAAAUAUGUGUGCACAGAUACACAGAGAAAACUAGAUCGUGAAUGUGAUACGAACGUCAGUUUAUCCUUAUCUGCGUUAUCAGCUCAGUUGGAGAUUGUGUCAAAUUUGUAUUUGUGGUUGUUGUGUUUACUGAAAGUUUUGCAGAUGUGAAAAUGUUUACGUAGUUCGGUUCGUCUGAGCUAAAUUAGCGUACAUGUGUGUGAGUGUUAUUACGCUUAUUAUAUAUUUAACGGCGCUUACUUUCAACAAUUAUAUGGCAAUAUUCAACAUUUUCACGUUCAUUUGCUCAACUGGGCAGCGCAUCAAUAUGUAUGCUGCAGAGCGAGGGGAAGCGGUGAUUAGCGCGUAACAUUUUAGGAACUUUGAUCGUUUGCCAUUAAUUUAGUUACGCCGUAAUGCGCUUUAUUGUAUUUACUAGAAUGAAAUGUGCGUACUGAGAAGCAAAACGGAGAAUCUCUGUAGCUGUGACUAUCCAUCUUAUAUAAUAAAGUUAAAUAAGAUAAUGUGAUAAGAGACAUUAAAUGAAAACUUGUUGAGCGCGAACGCCAGUGUUUCACCAACUAAAUAUACAAAGUGCAUAAAUAAUAUCUUCCGGCAAAUGAACACAACAAAAAUAAAUUAUUCAAAAAUACACCUAACUCAGUCAUCAGAAUUCAAGAACUGUAAAAAAAGUUAGAAAAACGGUUUCUCAGAAUUAGCUUGAGUCAUAAGCACUUUUACACCACUUCGGAUCGCAUUCGUCAACGUCUCGUAGGGACAGUUUCGCUAAAAUCGGUGUUGCAUCUGUACGAAAAUGGCACGGCAAACAACUUAUUGGAAAGUGUUAACGCGCCGGAAAAUAUUACCUAACGAGGGAGCGGAGAGUGAUACGAAGCUGAAUCGUGUACUCGGCUUAUUCGAUCUGACCGCUUUAGGCGUUGGUUCGACUUUGGGCGCAGGCGUUUAUGUGUUAGCCGGUCAAAUAGCACGCGAUCAAGCGGGUCCCUCUGUGGUGCUAUCCUUUGCAAUCGCAGCGCUGGCAUCUUUACUAGCAGGCAUUUGUUAUGCGGAGUUUGGUGCGCGUGUACCCAAAGCUGGUUCGGCUUAUGUCUAUAGCUAUGUUUGUAUCGGCGAGUUCGCUGCCUUUGUCAUCGGUUGGAAUUUGAUGUUGGAGUAUAUUAUUGGCACCGCCAGUGUUUGCCGUGGCAUCAGUCUCUAUUUGGAUACGCUAAUAAACGAUACGCUCAAGAACACCUUUGCCGAGAUAGCGCCAAUCAAUGUUAGUUUCCUCGCAAGCUACUUCGAUUUCUUUGCAGUCGGGCUGGUUAUUGUAUUUGGUGUUGCAUUGGCCUUUGGCGUGGAGACUUCAGCUUUGGCUAAUAAUUUCUGUACGAGCCUCAAUAUUUUCAUACUAUUGUUUGUCAUAAUUUUUGGAGCUAUCAAAGCAAACUUCGCCAACUGGUCUAUUGAUCCGCAAGCCAUCAACGCCACCAUCACAACGAGCAAUAUUGGCUCUGGUGGUUUCUUCCCAUUUGGCUUCGCAGGCACACUAAAAGGUGCCGCCACUUGCUUUUUUGGCUUUGUUGGUUUCGACUGCAUCGCAACCACCGGCGAAGAGGUGCGCAAUCCGCGCCGCAAUAUACCACGUUCCAUCUUACUAUCGCUGUUUAUCAUAUUUCUUUGCUAUUUCGGCGUCUCAACAGUACUCACACUCAUGGUACCGUACUAUGAGCAAGACCCGAAUGCGCCUUUGCCAUUUGCUUUCAAACAAGUCGGCUGGACCUUCGCCAUGUGGAUAGUGGCCAUCGGUGGGCUUAUCGGUUUGUUAGCCAGUUUAUUUGGUGCUUUGUUUCCGUUGCCGCGGGUCAUGUACUCCAUGGCAGAAGAUGGUUUAUUAUUUCGAUUUUUAGGAAAAAUCAGUCCGCGCUUUCGGGUACCGGUUAAUGGUUCAAUCUGCGCCGCUAUAUUCACAGCUCUCAUGGCGGGAUUGUUCGACCUACAGCAAUUAGUUAAUCUACUGUCAAUCGGCACUUUGCUGGCUUACAGCGUGGUGGCCAUUUCAAUUACCAUACUUAGAUACAUGGAGUCGGCUGAGGGUUCGGAUUGUGAAAGCGGUAUUCAACCGUUAACCGAAAACUCCAUGCUCACAUCAGCGGGUACUCGAGUCACCUCCAAAGCUGUAUUACAACAAUUGUUCAACAUCAAACGCCUGGACACACCAAACUCUCUUUCAACUCGGAUCGUUGGCACUUUAAUUUCAGUAUUUUGUCUCCUCUCAUUAUUCAUCGGUCUAAUAUUCAAAGAAGCUUACGAUGCUCUGCUUGAAAACCAAUUAUGGGUACUUGUUCUAUUACCCAUUUUAGUGUUAUUUGCUAUACUUGCACUGGUCAUGAUUUGCCUUCAACCACGCGAGCCGGUUAUAAAAACAUUCCGCGUUCCCAUAGUACCGCUUUUACCAGCCAUCAGCGUGUUUAUUAAUAUCUACCUAAUGUUGCAGCUGGAUGUGAUGACUUGGAUCCGUUUCGGUAUAUGGAUGUUGAUUGGCAUACCAAUAUUCAUUGCUUGUUGGUGCAUGUAUGACAUUACUGAUGUCACCAAACGAAAUCCCGAGCGCAUCGCAUUUGAGCGUGCCUUGAAAGAGAGUGCGCGCAACCUAAAACCAGUCAAUGGGCAUUUAAACAAAAGUAUAAAAUCAAAUGGUGUUCUAAAGAAGUCGAAAAGUGCCAAUGGGGUGGCAAACAACACCACUUUAAGCUCUCAAAACGAACACACGGUGAAAAGUCUAGACGAAAUUAUGAAUAUGAAUGAAGUUAGUGAUGACUUGAUCGAGAUGCGACAUCCAAAUGGUAAAGUUUUCUACAUUGAAGACAAUCGAAGUCACUCGUCAAAGAAUUCGUUAGAUAAAACAGAUGGGGAGAAAGAUGGUACGCGAGAGGAUGAAAAGUCUGUGAUAGCAAUGUUGGACGAUGUGUUGCAAGCAGCGGAUGUCGGCACUACAAUAACAUCCAAUAUGCCUGACUAUCGCAAAUUUAGCGUGGAUUCUGAAAUGCUGCCGAGCGUGAUCGAAAUGAAUACAAUAGCAACCGUGCACACCAGUAGCAAUUCAUCGGACGAUUUGGAAGCUGUGCCCGAGGUGGAAAGUAUCAAGGGCUCCAGCUGCAGCAGCCUUAACAGUGCUACUGAGCGUUUCACCGCCACCUAUGCGGCAGCAAAGCAAUUAGUUGAUGAAAUUAUUAACAGUGCUGCGCUCAAGGAAGCUUUGGAACGCCAAAAAUCUCUAAACGAAGCUGUAAAUCUGCAAUUUUCGAACAGUCAAAUUGACAGCAAUGCGACAGAAGAUACAAAUGGGCAAAAUACUUUCACAUCAACUGAUACACCCGAGCGUAAGCCAAUGCAAAUGGAAGAGAUUGUGCCACGCAUCCGAACGAACUCAAAAUCAUCGUUACUCUCCGUUGAUGAUGCAAUUCAUUCCGACCACUUUAAGAAUAAGCUAAGUAAAAUUUUAAUGCUCCCACCUGCACAAGCAACACCGCACAAGAUUUCGCAAAAGGACCAAACACUGAUAGACAAACCAACAACGGAAAACUGCUCUCCGCGACCGCAACUCAAACAUUCAAAAAGCGAAACAGACAUACGCCAACUCGUCUUGAAAGCAAUUGUGAACACGGAGUUAGCCGAAUUAAAUGGCGUCACUACACCGUCUGAUUCAAAUGUUAACGGUAUACCGAAACCACCGAAAUUUGAUCCAAUACUCUACAAAACAAUCAAUAACCUGCGCUCCAACAAAGAACGACCCAGCUUACAGCAACUAAUGGAAAUCAACGAAAAGCCAUUGGCGGUUAAAACGAUCGCGUCACCAACACCAGCUGACACAUCACAAGAAGAGGCAUUGCCAUUUAAACAAAAGCUGGAAGCAGUUUUGAAACGCGGUCCAUCACAUCGCCUGCAACAGCGUCCAGAAUCAGUGCAAAUACGUCGGCCAAAGUCAGUCGAGCCAAUAUCACUGCGAGAAGAAACCGAGGAGCAAAUAAUCCUUAGGCCCAAACAAAAUGGCACUACGAGAAGAAGUAUGGCACGAUCGGAAAAUAAUCUAGCCACCAAAGUUAGCGACGACGGCGCAAAUAUGAUUACAAACGCACGAAGCUUACUUAAACACGUGCCAAAUGGGACCGUCGAGUUGUAUGGAUAGCAGACAAUGGUUGCUCGUUAAUCUUUAUAAUGGGUAUUUACAUGCAUAUACAAGCAUAUUGUAUAUGUGUAUGUAUGUAGCUGUAUCCACAUAUCUGGGAAUAUAUGUAUUAACGUAUUCAUAUAUACUGCAUUUUAGUAUUGUAGUUGUUAAAGAUAUUUAUUGUUGGAAUUUAUUAAACAAAUAUUUAGUCACAAAUACCUAAAGCUCAAGUAACUGGCUCAAAGCCUUAGCAUAAACUCGUUGUUGUAGGCGUAGAACUCGUUAGCUUAAAUACUGUUAUAACAUAGGUAUAACCUAUAUUUGUAUUGUAAUAUUGUAAUUGUUGAUAAGUACAUGUGUAUGUGUGCAGCUUGGAAAACCACACAACGUUCACAAAAAACCAAAUCAGUGCUUUGGUGUUAUAUUUUUUUAAUUUAAUUUUUUUUUUUUUUGUAAUUAUAAUUAAUUGUUAUUAGUUCUUGUUUUCCCCAAAAGUUGCAUGUGUGUAGCUUAGUCCUUACUUAGCAUAAACUAAUAAUUAAUCAGUCGUAAUGUAUCUAUAAAUUGGCGAGUGCAUGCUAUUAUCAAACUUAAACAACUAAUUUCCGUUUCCUUUAAUUAACUAAAACUAUCACGUAACACAAUUAAUCACGAAUGUUUACGAAACUUAUAACCGAUCUACGUUUACAUUCGGGUGAAGCGAAAAAAAAUUUUUUUUUCUUACCCUGAGGGUAAAAUUUGUAGAUUAAAAAACCAAACAAAAUUUUAAGACAAAAAAAAAUUUUUUUUUUCGGUUUAAACUCUUCACAUUUAUAUAAAAAUUACCGAAUUUAACGGUUUUUGACUCAGAUUUUAUUUUGACGCUUAGGGAAAGCAUGUUGUCGUUUAAGACUCCAAUAAUUACCACAAAUUUUUUUUUUAAUUUGAUAACUUUUAAUUGGCCAGAAAGAGCACUCUCCACAGCUUCUAGAACACUUAUCAAAAUUUUUUUUCGAAUGAAAAAUUGUAACUCGAAAUUUACUUUAAAAGUAAAAGUAAAUUUUUUUUUUCCGAAAAUUUUCUUUUUUUGUAAUCUAAAAAUUUGACCCUCAGGCCCGAACCACCCUAGUGUACAUGCAUCUAACACAACAUCACUUUCUUCACCAUAUCUAUGCGUACCCGUAUAUACAUAUAUGUUUGUACACAUUCUUCUAACCCCUCCACAGGCUUGUCAAUAUACUUUUUCUAUGGACUACCAAAUAGUUUAAGACAGUUAAAGAGGCAGCGUAACGGUUGGCAAAAAUUGAAAUACAGUAACUCGUUCUAAUCAUAAGUGCAACAUCAAUUAACAGUAUCACUGUAUAGCAAUACAUGAGUACAUGCAUAUAUACCUACAUAUAUAUGUAUAUGUAUAUUCAGCAUACAUAUUUAUUACGUACAGCUAAUCAAUUUAAAUAUAUGUAUUUUUAUAAAACUUUAAUGUAUAGUUAAUUAAAUUGGAUGGAAGUAAUUUAGUAAUUAAGAAAAUGUAAAAUAAAUGCAAAGAAGUGAGCUGCUAAUCUUUAUAAUGUGCUUGUUAGUAAAUCAUAACAAAUGUAUGCGCAGUGCCACACACCAAAGACCACAGAUAAUUCCGAUUAUUCGAGAACAAAUCUAUAUUUUUACCUUAAAUGUUAAUACAAAGCAUUUUAUGGAAACUAUAAAUAAAUUUUAUUAAUUAUACUGUUCAAAA